AUGGACCGCAAUAUUACAAAGAAGCGCAAGCUCAAGGAGGCUGAGGCCGUCUCCAAUGGCAUUGAUUCUGCAAAGAAGUCCAAGAAGCAGCCCAAGACCGUCCCCAAGCCCGCCGAAGACAACGAAGAUUUAGAAGACGAAGAUGUCGACGAGGAUGAUGAGGAGGAUGAGGAGGAAGAUGACGCUGAAGAGCAAGACGAGGAUGCUGCUGAGGAUGAUGAAGAGGAGGAAGAGGACGGAGAAAACGGCACAGAUCUCCCUGCUGGCCUUGUGCCGACGCUUCCUCCUACGUCUGGUGAUGCUGCGUCGUUUGACGAACUCAAGCUGUCUGACAAGACCAUGAAGUCGAUUGGCGAGAUGGGAUUCACUAAGAUGACUAGCAUUCAAAGAGCUGCUAUUCCCCCAUUGCUCGCUGGCAAGGAUGUUCUCGGUGCCGCCAAGACUGGUUCCGGUAAAACACUUGCCUUUUUGAUUCCUGCUGUUGAGAUUCUCUGCUCGCUGCGCUUCAAGCCCCGCAACGGUACCGGUGUUAUCGUCGUCUCUCCUACCAGAGAGCUGGCCCUCCAGAUUUUCGGUGUCGCCCGCGAACUCAUGAAGAACCACUCCCAGACCUACGGCAUCGUCAUGGGCGGCGCCAACCGAAGAGCCGAAGCCGAGAAGUUGUCCAAGGGUGUCAACCUGCUUAUUGCCACUCCCGGCCGUCUGCUCGAUCACCUUCUCAACACUCCCUUUGUUUUCAAGAAUCUCAAGUCUCUGAUUAUCGACGAGGCCGACCGUAUUCUCGAGGUCGGUUUCGAGGACGAAAUCCGCCAGAUUGUCAAGAUUCUCUCCAACGACGAUCGCCAGACCAUGCUCUUCUCCGCUACCCAGACCACCAAAGUCGAGGAUCUUGCUAGAAUCUCGCUGCGACCCGGUCCCCUCUAUAUCAACGUCGACGAAGAGAAGCAGUUCAGUACCGUGGACGGCCUGGAGCAGGGCUACGUCCUGUGCGACGCCGACAAGCGCUUCAUUCUGCUCUUCUCCUUCUUGAUGCGCAUGAAGGAGAAGAAGAAGAAGGUUAUCGUCUUCUUCAGUAGUUGCGCUUCCGUCAAGUACUACGCCGAGCUGCUCAACUAUAUUGACUGCCCUGUCCUUGACCUUCACGGCAAGCAGAAGCAGCAGAAGCGCACCAACACCUUUUUCGAAUUCAGCAACGCCAAGCACGGUGUCCUCAUCUGCACUGAUGUCGCUGCCCGUGGUCUCGAUAUCCCCGAAGUCGACUUCAUCGUCCAGUUCGACCCCCCUGACAACACCCGCGACUACAUUCACCGUGUCGGCCGUACCGCCCGUGGCGCCGACAAGACCGGCCGCAGCUUGCUCUUCCUCCAGCCCAACGAAGUCGGCUUCCUGUCGCACCUCAAGACAGCCAAGGUGCCCGUCGUGGAGUUUGAGUUCCCCACCAAGAAGAUCAAGAACAUCCAGUCGCAGCUCGAGAAGCUCAUCGGCAAGAACUACUACCUGCAGCAGAGCGCCAAGGACGCCUUCAAGUCGUACCUCCACGCCUACGCCAGCCACAGCCUGCGCUCCGUCUACGAUGUCAACAAGCUCGACCUCACCAAGGUGGCCAAGAGCUUUGGUUUCACAGCGCCUCCCCGCGUGGACAUUACGCUUGGCCAGUCCAUGUCGAGGGACAAGGUGCAGGGACGAAGAACAUAUGGCAGCCAGCCUCGCCAAAAGUUCAACGGAGGAAGAAGAUGA